GCCCUGCUUGGCAGCUUCUCAGGCAAGUUGCUGCCCGUCCCAACAAGGACUGGCUGCCAAAGAUCGCAGCCUUGCCUGAGGCAGCAGACACCACUGAAGAGCUUGCAGCACUGGAUGCGCUUCAGAGGCACUCCCAAGCGGUGGCAGGGCUGCCGCACCCACUGCAGACGCGGCUUCGAGACUCUGGUGUGACCGGGCUGGCCGCGGCGACGCAGGCCUAUGCUCUUCUCCGUGUCCGCGACAAUACCGUCCUCUCGGAGAUCUGCCGUCGAACCCAGAACCUGGCCGAGAAGGGCGCCUUUGUCGUAGAGGCCGCCGCGGCUUCCUUGCUUCUCGAUGCGCUGGGGAAGCUGGCAGCACGGGGCGAGGCUGCCAGGCAGCGGCGACGCACAAAGGAGGCUGCCCCUAGCAUCGAGUGCUGGCGAGCCACGGCCACGGCGGCUGCGCCCGCUUUUGCAGCUGCAGGGGUAAAUCUCCGGCUCAUCGACCUUGCCUCGGGUCUCUCCGGCCUGGCUCGGCUUCGCUGUCCGGAGGUUCUUCCAGAACUGCAGCAGCACACGCUCCGCUGCCUCGCCUCCAGAGGAAGUGCGACGGGCGA